AUGAACUACAGGAUCGAGCGUGUGGAGAAGGAUGACCUUCCAUUUCUUGGGAAAUUCAUCCACUCUGCCAAACUCGCACUGAGUAUCAACCGUCUUCUAUAUCUAAACUGGCCAAAUGAGGAACUCCAGAGGCCGAAUUCACCUCUUCUCGCUGAGAUCAAUAACGCCGUAAACGAGAUCGGAAAGGAGACUGAGGAAAUGGACCGCUUCGAAAUCACAUACAUGUGCGUCAAGCCGACUGCACAGAGAAAGGGAAUUGGUUCCAGAUUAGUCCAGCUUGGAUUUGAUCGGGCCAAAGCUUGGGGAAUUCCGCUUAAGGUCUGCGCUGAGGCGCCUUCUAUCCCUUUCUUUACCUCGAUUGGAUUUGUGGAAACGAGACAUGUCAACAUAGAUCUAGGGAAAUAUGCAGCUGAUAAUAGUGGCUUUGGAAUAUUUCGUCAUUCUGGUAUGAUUUGGUGUCCCGAAUAG